AAAUAAAAUAGCCAUUUCUAACCCUCUGUGUCGGUGUUAUCUGUUCGUAAUAUAGACGGCUGUUAUCCCGCAGAGGCGCAUGAGUGUAAUGGCCGCUCAAACUAGAGCUCUCGUAGCGGCCCGGUGGCUCGCAGACGCUGUCAAAAGCAACCGAGUGGGACCAAAUCUGCGGAUAUUAGACGCAUCAUGGUAUUUACCAAAAAUGAAACGUAACCCCAGGGCUGAGUUUGAACAAACGCACAUUCCGGGAGCCUCGUUUUUCGACAUCGACGAAUGUUGCGACAAAAGCUCGGAGUUUGAUCACAUGCUGCCUACCAAGGGCGAGUUUGCAGACUAUGUGGGUAACCUGGGUAUAGGAAACAACACUCAUGUCGUCGUUUACGAUGCCAGCGACUUCGGUUCGUUCUCCGCACCGCGGGUUUGGUGGAUGUUUCGAGUGUUUGGGCACAGUUCGGUGUCGGUUCUGGACGGUGGCUUCAAGAACUGGUUAAAAGAGGGUCAUCCUGUUUCCCAGCAGUACAGCAAACAUGCGCCUGUAGACUUCAAAGCGUCCUUUAAAGAGUCAUGGGUCAAAACUUAUGAAGACGUGUUGAACAACAUUAAAACUAAGGAAUUUCAAGUAGUGGACGCCAGAGCCAAUGGGAGAUUUCGUGGGGUUGAACCAGAGCCAAGGGCAAACACAGAGCCUGGUCACAUCCCUGCAUCACUCAACAUGCCUUUUCCAAGCUUCAUGGACCCAGAGUCAGGUCUAGAACGUCCGGUGGAGGAACUAACCAAGCUCUUCCAGCAAGCUGGAGUUGACCUGCAGAAGCCCUUCUGGGUGACCUGUGGCUCAGGUGUAACAGCCUGUCACAUCGCCCUCGCUGCUCACCUGUGCGGACACCCGGGGGUCAGUCUGUAUGAUGGGGCCUGGUCCGAGUGGUUCACCAAAGCUGCACCUGAACACAUCAUCUCUGAGGGAAAAGGAAAACAGCCAUGAUUAAUGGUGUCUUAGACCCAUGCGGCACCUUUUCAUCAAUAAACAACUGAUGACCAAUAGAAUCACUAGACUUUUAAAAAAAUCACUGUGUUUUUUGUACUAAUAUUGUUUAAGAACUAAAGUCUAUUUCUGGUUACAGUUAUUUACACCUUGGAAGGGUGUUAAAAUUAGACAUAAGUAUAUCAUUAUGCUUUACCAAUUCAUAGCUCAAUUAAGCUGCCAAAUAUCCUGAAUUUAUGGUCUGGUCACUUCAAAAACUUUGAUUACUAUAUAAUUGUCCUAGUCAAAGUAAAAUAGCAUUGCUUAUUGUAAACAUGUGAUGCAUAUUUGUGUCACCUUAAAUAAUUUGGUGCUUUUAACUAAGGCUGAUUAGUAAGUGAUUUACGGGUUAUCGAUUGGAAGUGUUUCUAAGUUCAGUUGUUAAAGACUUAUGUAUUAAAGUAAGUUUUUAUACCUGCAUAUCUAGGUUAAAGUUAAUGUCCUUGAUUUGAAUGGGCCUAAUGACCUUUGAUUGUAAUUGUCAAAACCACCUACAAAAAUAAUCUAUUUACAAGACUGUUAUUAUAUCCAUAACAUUAAGUUAAUUUUCUUGUAAUUUGUCUCAUCAGAUAUUUUUCUGGCAACAUGCGAUUGAUCUGUUACUAUUUACUAGUUUUAUAAACAAGUAAAAUCCAAG